AGGCAGUGCCAAAUUCAUGGCUGGAUUGUUGAAGCGGUUAAAGCGAACAUCAUGAACGCCCGAAUUCUCAGCAAUCCAUCACUUGAGGGGGAUACAUACCAAUGUAGCAUCAUCAUAGAUUCUUCGAGCCUUGAUCAUGGCACCUCUGACAACUUUGAGAGCUUUGAGAACUUUGAGAAGCGUUACAAGCGCGACACUCCCCCGAUUUCAUCGCACGCCCCUUUCCACUUCCCCCUCAAGAACCUCCAACCCCGACCAACCCAGGGACGACCCUCUCUUUUCUUAUACCUCUGGACGCUGGCUAUGGGACGAAGCAGCCCAGCUUCGUAAACGGUACCAGCCCUUCAAUGUCGAGGAGCUCAAGGAAACAGCAGCCCGAUCCGUGAAUGCCAAAUUCUGCGUUAAAUUAACCAAAUUACCCGAAGGCUCAUACAAUAAAGCCUUUCUAUUGACAAUGGAUAAUGAGCUCCAGGUUAUUGCCAAAAUCCCUAAUCCUUACAUCCCUCAGAAAUUCAUUACAGCCAGCGAAGUUGCAACGCUUGACUUUCUUCGUAAUGAGCUAGGUGUACCUGUCCCGCGCGUCUUUGCAUGGAGCAGCAAGAAAGACCAGCCUGUGGGAGUGGAGUAUAUUAUCAUGGAAAAAGCUCCUGGUAAUGAGUUGAGCAAAAGUUGGCCUACCAUGGAGGUAUCGGAUAAGGUGGACAUUGUGUCUCAGUUGGCGAACAUUCAAGCCAAAAUAGCCGCUGUCCACUUCGGUUAUCAUGGAAGCUUAUUCUAUAGCGAGGAUAGCGAGGGUGGCAUCAGUAUCCCUGGAAUAGCUGAUCGGUUUUGCAUCGGCCCCAGCUGUGACAUACGUUUUUGGGAAGAGGAGAGGGGAUCCAUGAGUGCAUUUAGGGGCCCUUGGUCGUCGGCCGGGGCGUAUGCAAUCGAUAUCGCCAGGCGAGAGAAAGAAUGGAUCACCCGGUUUGCAAAUGCUCGUCAUCCGGCAGACCCCUUGAGACAGUCAGAUAGUCAAGAGUCUCCCGAUUGUCACAUUAAACUGCUGGACAAGUAUCUAAAAGUGGUGCCGCAUUUGAUGCCAUCGCAUCCAGGUCAAAAUCGGUCUGUACUGUGGCACCCGGAUCUACACUUUGGGAAUAUAUUUGUCAGGGGAAAUCAGAUUGUCAGUAUUAUUGAUUGGCAAGGCUGCUCCAGUCUUCCUAUUUUUCACACAUGCAGGAUACCAAAAUUCCUGAAAACCCAUGGGCCCUUGCUUUUCGACCUUCCUCCAGCCACACGCCUCACGCCGCAAGAAAAAGAGGAAAAUCUACGGAGGUACCAGCUCACACAACUCCAGAGGCUCUAUAUUUCUAAAUUCCGCGAAAUCGACAAUGACAUCUUCUCUGCUCUGUCGUGUCCUCAAGCUCUAACACGACAGCAGCUCAUUGAUUUUUCCGGAUACACAUGGGAUGACGAUGGAUUGUUUUUAUUUCAAGAGAUGAUGCUUCGAACAUUCCGCGAAUGGACGGAAUUAACAGGCCAGCCGCAGCCCUCUGUCCCUGUAACAUUCACUGCCGACGAGAUUGCGUCUCAUGUUGCCGAAGGGAAGAGCUGGGAAGAUCGCAGCGAUCUCUUCCGCGCCCUUGGAAUCCCCAUUGACGGCUGGGUACAUCUCGAAGACUUCGAGGCAAAGGUGGAGACGAUGCGUAAUCUAGUGAGUUCUGUCAUAGACUCAGCGGAUGACAAGGAUGGCGCAAGGGAGGCACUCAGAGCCUGGAAGCUUUCGGACCUAUCGGGUAAUCUGAUGGAUAUCAUCUAGACCGUUCCCAUAUCUUGAUUCUGAAAGCGAAAGGUGGUAGAGAAUUCAUUCAGAAUUUCCAACAUACAAAGUAAUCUAUAGUUAGUUAGUUAGAGCCACCAGUAUUACAAACUACAAAGUACCGAGUACCCACUAAC